GCCUGGAUGCUGAUCACCUUUGUGCUCUUUAUCGGCACCGUGCGCUACCGCCCGACCACAACGAUCUUCAUGGGUCUGCUGUUUGUGUCGUUCGUCAUCCUGGCUGGCGGCACCUGGGUUGGCCGCAAGAACGCCAUCAAGGCCGGCGGCUGGUUCUCGUUCUUUGCCUCGCUGGUGGCCCUGUACAACUCGUUCGCUGUUGUCCACAACGCCGGUUACUCGCCCAUCGGAAACUUUGGCAAGGUUGGCGCCAAGUUCCACCGCAAGAGCCACCAGCCCGAGGACGCCGCUGCCGUUGUCUAAGCGCAAGCGCAAGCACCGCUCCUGCCGCCUUGCAGAAAGCCCAAGGCAAUACCUCCUGACUGCGUUCUUCCCGACUCUUUUCCCCCAUGGCUGCUUGUCGGACCUUGCCACUAAUACUCCCCUCUAUUCAUGCUGGCAAGGCGCGAGCAGCUGCGUUCCACCCCGUCUUCCUCGGGCCGAAGCGUAUGCCUCGCUCGCAUUAGCCAAUCCUUUU